GUAACCGGGAUGUCUCCGGUGACUCACCAGCUCACCCGCCAUAGGAGGAAACAAUUUUGGGCGGAGUUGGGGGCAGCCUUCCCGGAAUGGGGCGGGGAGGGGGCAGCGGCGGGGCGAUGACCCAGGCUCGGCGCUCAAACUUAGAUCCGAAACUGACGCUGCGGGUCCACGCUUCGGGUUUUCUUUUACACCUGUUCCCCACGCUGCCUGUUCACCUGUCCGUUCACCUGCUGUGGCUGGAAGAAUCCAGGCUCUUGCCCCGGCUGAGAGAAUGGCUUCCUUGGGACUCCAAACAAAGAAACGUGACAAUCACAAUGGCCACUUUGUACAACCCACCAACCCAAAUGUAGCAACAAUGCAAGAAGAUGUCCUGUACCACUUCCAUCUCAGCACCAGCACGCACGAUCUCCCUGCUAUGUUUGGAGAUGUGAAGUUCGUGUGUGUCGGGGGAAGCCCCACCCGGAUGGAAGCGUUCACAAAAUACAUGGCCAAGGAGCUGGGCCUUGACCACCCAGGUGCAGAAUAUCCCAACAUCUGCGUGGGGACCGACCGCUACGUCAUGUUCAAAGUGGGCCCUGUGCUGUCUGUCAGCCACGGCAUCGGCAUCCCUUCUACCUCAGUCAUGCUGCACGAGCUCAUCAAGCUUCUGUACCACGCCCACUGCUCCGACGUCACUGUCAUCCGCAUCGGCACCUCGGGUGGGAUUGGUUUGGAGCCUGGCUCUGUGGUCGUCACCCGCCAGGCGGUGGAUGCCUCCUUCAAGCCCGUGUUCGAGCAGAUGGUCCUGGGGAAGCGGGUGGUUCAUAGGACACACCUGGAUGAGCGGCUCGCGCAGGAGCUGAUGCAGUGCGGUGCAGACCUGCGGGAGUUCCCCACGGUCCUGGGGAACACCAUGUGCACCUCUGACUUCUAUGAAGGGCAAGGGCGUCUGGACGGUGCCCUCUGCUCCUACUCAGAGAAGGACAAGCAGGAGUACUUGGAGGCGGCCCACGCGGCCGGCAUCCGCAACAUUGAGAUGGAGUCUUCGGUCCUGGCUGCCAUGUGUGGCGCGUGCGGCCUCCAAGUGGCCGUGGUCUGUGUCACUCUGCUGAACCGCCUGGAAGGGGACCAGGUCAACAGUCCUCAUGAGGUGCUGGUCGAGUACCAGGAGCGGCCACAGCGCCUGGUGGGUCACUUCAUCAAGAAGCGCCUCGCGGCUGCUGGAAACCCCCGGGAUCUCUGAAGACGCCAAGUUGCAGUUGCUAUAAAUAAAAUCAGCACCCGGGUGCCAGGCUGGCUCAGCUCUCAGGGUCCUGAGUUUGAGCCCCACAUUGGGGAUGCAGAUUACUGAAAUAAAUAAUCUUUUUAAAAAAUCACCUUCA